AUGCUCCGAGAGCUGCUCACACUAGCCCUAGUCGGGCUCAUGAUGCCUCUCUCUUGGGCAUGUCCGACGCCCACGUCCUCCGCUACGAGUGUGCCAUCCUCGACGCCUACGUCUGCCCAAGGAACGGAUAGACUGGUCUUUUGUCACUUUAUGAUCGGAAUCACCAGUAAUCGCAAUAGCGCCAACGACUACGACGAUGAUAUGCAACGCGCCAAAGAAGCAGGCAUAGACGCCUUUGCCCUCAACAUCGGCACAGACCCCUACACCGACACCCAGCUGAACUUCGCCUACGAAUCCGCCGCCAGAAACGGAAUGCAAGUCUUCAUCUCCUUCGACUUUAACUGGUGGAACGUCGGCCAGGGCUGGGCCGUCGGCGACAAGGUCAGACAGUAUGCGGGCCGACCUGCGCAACUCAAGGUCGAUGGCAAGGUGUUUGUAUCCUCGUUUGCUGGUGAUAACGUCGAUGUGAACGCUAUGAGGUCGGCUGCUGGUCAGGAUCUUUUCUUCGCGCCGAACUUCCAUCCCGGUCAGGGCAAUUUUGAUGCGAUUCAGGGCGCGUUGAAUUGGAUGGCGUGGCCGAAUAAUGGGAAUAAUAAGGCACCGACGCCGGGGCAGAAUGUUUCUGUUGCGCAGGGGGAUGAGGCUUAUAAUAAGGCUUUGAACGGGAAGCCUUAUGUUGCGCCUGUUUCGCCGUGGUUCUCAACUCAUUUUGGAAGUGAAGUGCCGUAUAGCAAGAAUUGGGUCUUUCCUUCGGACUUGCUGUGGUAUGAUCGCUGGCGAGAGAUUCUGGCUCUUGGUCCUCGCUUCGUGGAGAUUGUCACUUGGAAUGACUAUGGCGAGUCACAUUACGUUGGACCGCUGUCGUCUCCGCAUACAGAUGACGGAGCAUCGAAGUGGGUGAUGGACAUGCCACACAACGGCUGGCUAGAAAUGGCCAAACCCUUCAUCGCCGCCUAUAAAGCCGGCGUCACCGUCGCCCUCCCCUACAUCCAAGAAGAAAAACUAGUCUACUGGUACCGCCCCACGAAAAAAGACCUCAACUGCGACGCCACCGACACCACAAUGGAAGGCAACCCCAACAACAGCAGCGGCAACUUCUUCGCGGGCCGACCAAACGGAUACGAAACCAUGAGCGACGAAGUCUUCGUAGUCUCCCUCCUCAAAUCCCCUGCUCGCGUGACCGUCCAUUCAGGCGAUCAAUCCGCAACCUUCGACGCACCGGCCGGCAUCAGUGCGCACCGGGCCCCAAUGGGCGUGGGCAAGCAGCAGUUCGCCGUCUCCCGAAAUGGGCAGGAUAUCCUGUCCGGAACCAGUUUGAAGGAUAUCGUGGACUCGUGCAUCUGCGGGAUCUACAAUUUUAAUGCGUAUGUGGGGACGCUCCCGGCGCCAGCCACGAUUGACCGGCUCCAGCCGGCGGGGCGGGCGAUGUUGUACCAGGGAUUGAGGGCGUCGUGUCCGACGAAUACGUUGGGUGUGGGGAUGAGUAGUGCGACUGGUGCUGCUAGGGUGUAG